AUGGACCCCUUCGCUUUCGCUGACAUAGCUGGAGAAGCUGGCGAGGGCGCCGAUGAUAGCGGAGGCGUUGCUCAGCCGGCAGUAGCCGCGGCGCCAGCAGCAGCUCAAGCACCAGCAGCUGAAGCGCCGGCUGCUGCCGCCGGGGCUGGUCCUCUUGCUGCUGCUGAGCCAGCUGCUGCCCCAGCUGCCGCUGCUACUAAUCCAGUCGAGACGGUCGCCCCUGCUGCCGUAAGCCCUCCCGUGGCCGGCGCGGCUACGACUCCCAAUGCAGGCAUGUGGACGCCAGCAUCCAUUGCUACACUCCAGAGCACAGCGGCACCCUCAUCUGCGGUCCUGCCAACCUCUUCACUCGCAUCCCUAGCUGCCAUCUCCUCAUCAGGCACGCCUGCACCAUCCUCUUCUUCACUGUCCGCCACCUCUUCCAUGUCGUCCUCGUCUCCCUCUCCUACACCCACCGUCACAGAGAAGGACGUGGGCAAGAGUGGCUGGGCCCUUCCUGUCGUCAUACCCAUCGCCUGUGCUGCCGGCUUUCUCCUCGCUCUUAGCAUCGCCGCUCGCAUGUACAGCAUCAUGUGGCGCAAGCACAAGCGUCGCAAGGAAGCAGCAGCAGCUCUGGCCCGCAAGCUCGACCAUGAGGGGGGAGAUCCAGACGACUCGACUGCAGAGCUCGCACCCAACAUGGACAUCAGUGGGGCUCGCUUCCACAAUGGAGCAACAGGCAGUCCGGCUCGAGGCGGCGUGGGUGGUCAAGGGGGUGGCACACCGUCACGCUUCGGCUUUGGGUCUGGACGAGACAAUCGCCGUGGUGAUAGCGGGCAGCAAGAAGCAGAGACUGGCUACAAUGACGCGGAGCUACUGGGUGUGCCCUCUACCCAGCCACAAGGAGCAGCCAAAGCAUGGUCAUGGAUGAAAAACACCUUCACUAACCAGGAAGCUUUGGGCGAGCAGAACACCCGCGGCCCCCCAGCAAAGAAGAGCAUUCUCUCCUUCGUCAACCUAGCGGGCACGCCAGCCUCGCCACCUGGCUUCUCCCUCUCAGACGACCCAUGGCGACGAUCGACGCAAAGCUCUGUUUCUCACGAUGGACCGCCGCGGUCAGCUGCAACCCAUUUCGGUUGGUGCGACGUCUCGCUCAGCCCUCCGCCGCCUACUCCUCCGCCGAAAUUUAACGCCGCUGGACGCAAAGCCCCACCACCCCGUAGCCCACUCUCUACCGUGACCGAGGAACGAUCGCUUGGUGCUGCCGGUGCCGCCUCGAUGGCCUCCUCGCCGAGCAGGAUGCUCAUGAGCACAGUAGGUAAAGGCGUGGUCCGUAGCCCAGCCGCAUCCUCCCCGCUCUCCUACACCAUGAACAGAGACGGCGAGACCAAUGCCAAUACCUCCUCUAUGCUACCUCGUCCAUCUUCGAAUACCUACCGCCGUGUGUCAAAAGAGAACGACGGCGACGACGGCGCGGACGCUGGACGUUUGGGCAACAUGGUACUUCGAGAAGAGGACCACGGCUUCGUAGAGCGGGGACAGGACUUGGCUCGAGCUGUCACCACCAGUCAGGCUCCUUCUCGCAAGCAAAGUACCCGCAGCGCAGCACCACUCCGUCGAGCCACGACCCUCAAACGGCCUCGCUUCGACAGCGAGACGGUCCCUGCGGCCGAGCCGCCCACAGAAAGCCUCCGAGCCAUCACUCCCGCACCACCCUACGAGUCCGAAGAGACGCCACAUGCCCGCUCGGUCAUCAACUUCAAUUACGACGUCGGCACGCCUGGGCCCCUCUCCCCUCACAUGCCUAUUCACCCUGCAGCUUCGCAGCUACAUCGCAACGCCACGUCAGAGUCGGAGCAUAAGCGUCGUCGUCGGCUAGGCAGGGCCAAGACGAUCGUCGACAACGCGGUUCAGGCGUCCAACGCUGAGCGCCUCAAGAGAGCAGCUAGCGCGGCACCUGGUGCGAGAGCGAGGGGUGCGCUGCCCGUCACGCCUGUGAGCGUGCCCGUCUCUCGCACUUCUACCACCACUACUACGACUCCAACAGCGAUGCAAUUGGACGAUCCCUACUCCUACCACUCGACGCGGGGUGCCCUACAAGUCGAGUCGCCCAUGAUCCCCAUACCGGGAAGUGCGGCGCUUACACGUCGUUCCUCGGGCAGCCAAUACUCGUCCGAAGACGGGGUGCCUAGCUUGAGCGACGGUGAGUCUGACGACCCUGAUCGGGCUGGAAGCGGUCUAGCCUGGAGAACGCCGGCCACCUCUGUCCGCCGAGGAGAUACAAGGAAGACGAUGAGGCGAACUGAGAGAGACGUUGAGGACCAAGAAAUGAUGGAGCGAGACUACGAGGACGACGGAGAGGGUGAUCAGGUCGUCUUCGCUGCUGCGAGCAAGGCGCUACUCGCCACCCCGUUUGCGGAAUCUGCUCGUUCGACACCCAAGUACCUUGACGCCAUUGCGGCGUACUACUCGAGUCCAAAUGUGGACCUGGAGGACGCUCCUUCGCCAUACGGAGUCCAGCCCACUGAAGUCACGCAAACACGCUCCCCGCUCUCACAGCCGCCUCGCAUUCAACUGCAUGACGGGCCUGCGCCACUGCCUAGCCCGUACGAGAGCAGAUCAGCCAGCCCUACGAGGGGGAUGAGCGGCUCGCCAACGCGACAGUGGGCGCAUGACAAGGGGAGGUGGACGCUACGAGACGCUGAGAAUCGUGAUGCUUCGACGCCGGCGGCUGCGGAGCCAUCUCCUUUCGGCAGGCAUGCGGGGCUGUUCUUCUCGCCGGCUGUGGGGCAUAGAGGAUGA